AUGGCAAUCAAUGAUCAUGAAAAAAAAAAUAUGGUGGCAACAACUGAAAUCAUACCCACCACCCCCGACACACACACACACACUGCAACGUUAACUUGGCCAUGUCGUAUAAAGAGCCUCCCAUCGCAGAAUGAGAACCCCCAACCACAACGAGUUCAACAGCAUGAUGUCUACACUGAUGCGUGCUGA